GAUGGAUGAGGAGGAGGAAGCCCCAGUUCCUGAUGCCCCAGACAUUCCUGCCCCAGAGGCCCUAGCAGAGGCCCCUGUAGAUCCCCCGGUAGAGGGCGGUGUGGAGGCCGGAGGAGUUCAGCCAUCCAGAGACAGCCGUAAACUGGACUGUAUCAUCUGCUACUGUGCCUUCAACCUGACUGAGAGGCUGCCACGCAAGCUCUACUGCGGCCACACCUUCUGCCAGGCCUGCCUGAGACGACUCGACACCAUCCUCAAUGAGCAGGUGGGUCUGACUGACUGUCACGACACCGGUCCCACCAUAGACUCACACAGAGGCAGGAUCUAUCUCAAUGGACUAAGAUAUGCUAGUUAAACUGUAAAAGAUAUUUGAUAAGAUAUUCAAUAUUUUUGGACCACUUCCAGAAUUAUUCAAACAGACUGGGCCUUGUCCCAAAACGUGCAGUAAUUUGGCAAACUAUAGCUCACUUGUUCCCUUCAUGAAAAGGAACACUAAUUUGUUGAAGAUCAGCCAAUACGCAUCAUCUCAAACUCAUUUUAAGAUGACCAAAGCUGCAGAGUGAUGGAUUGCAUCAAGACACUUUUCUAGGGAGGGAUUCUGUAUUGAACACAACAGUCAGAACUGUUAGACCACCUAAAAGAGGUGUGUUCAGUUUGACACUAACAUGUGUCCCAAGUGACAACCCUUACCCUGCCCUCUCUUCUACUCCCAGCAGAUGUGGAUCCCCUGUCCACAGUGUCGGCAGAACACCCCUCUCCCACGCGGGGGUGCUACAGCCCUGGACCUGGACCUAGCAGCCUUCCUGGGGGUCAAGGCCGAGAUGGAAAACCAGAGGUCCAGCCCCCGGCAGGGAGGAAGAGAACUAGGCACCCAGCUCGAGCACAAGCCCUCUUUUGGGAAGCAUUCCAUCAUUGAGCAGCCUCAGGCCACCUGGAAUCAUGGAGGACUGGCUGAGCCUCGCUUUCACAGGAGCCCCUGCUGCAGGCGCUUCUUCUGCUGCUGGUGGUGCUGC